AUUAAAGAUUUUAAAUCAGCCGAAUUGAUUUGAUGUUGUCAGUUGCCAUAUUUUCAACUCGGACUAAAUAUAAAAGAUACUUCUUGAGCUUAACCCCAAGUUGUUUAACAAUUUCCUACCUGACAUGUGAGGAUCUGUACUUAGCCUCCGUGUGGUCAAAAGACCGUCUGCUCUCUUUGAUUGAGCGCUUUCAAACAGGAAGUCUCUGCAGUGUCUUCACUAUAACCCAGCAGACUACCUCACGUGAACAGCAAGGAAAUGAACAGAAGUUGACAACAAAAAACUAAAUCAGCAAUGCUCUCAUCAGGCAGUGUUGAUGUUACUCUUAUGUUAGAAUUGUUUCCUCCACUAAGGAGGUUAUGUUUUCACCCCUGUCUUGGCUGCUUGGCUGCUUGGGAGAAGGACAGGACAUGGGCCAAGAAACAACCCAUUCAAUUGAGGUGCAGAUCUGCAAAAAAGGGGCUAAUCCAGGAUGUUUUCAUCGCUUCUCUUCAUUGUCUAAAUUGUAGAGUAGUAGAAAAGUUUAGAAUUUAGUCCAUGAUUUUAUUGUUGACAUCAGACUUUUUUAUACCAUGUGGUCCCUUUGUAACCUCAGGUCCACGGCAAAAGCCCUAAUAACCAUUCCACAUUCCCCGGCUGGAGCAGCAGAGGGGACCAGGUCUUUUCUGUUAUAGCCCCCCCUCUUUGUCAGACGGAUCUCCAUCAGAAGAUUGUUCUAAACUCCUUAUCCUCUUUAAAGAUACAUUUUAUAGAUGUGCUGUCUUAGUCCUUGGGGUUGGACUUCCCCUCUAACUUGUAUUAAUAUAUUUUAAUCUCUCUUUAAUCUUACCUACUGUUUGUUAUUUAUUUAUGUUUGACUAUAUAUUAAUUUACAAUUGUUUUCAUCUGUAACAUUUAUACUUAUUGUUGUGCUCUUAUGUUUUCUUUUAAAUAGUUUCUAUUGUUUGCCCUUAAUUCUUCACUCACUUGUAACCUUGUAACUUUGGUUUGAAAGAUGCUUUAAGAAUAACUGAAUACUAUUGUAGUAGUAGUAUUAUGUACUCUAACUGCUUCAGAUGUCUGUCACACUGUGACUCUUUGAAAAGAACAAAGAUUCACAUCAAGGUAGCAGUGAUCAUGUGAUCAGUGUUGACCUUCUGGCCAAUCAACACAAGUCUUUACUCUGAAGAGAGGAGAAAGUGUCGGGCUGUUUGUCAUUCAACACGACGAUUUCAACAUGAAGACAUCUCCGAAGCUCGUUCUCUACCUGACAUGUUUCUUCUUGGUGAAAAUGGUUCAGAUGCAUCAUUUUAUCUUGUCUAAUCACGACAGCGUAUUUAAAUCAGUUAAUGUUGGAGACAACUUGACUUUGCAGUGUUCAUAUGAGGAGAGGGACAAUAGGAUGAAUUGGUACAAACAAACACCAGGACAAAAACCUCGAAUUAUCUCAAUCAUCUACAGAUCCACUAAAAUCAUCUCAUUAGAGAAUGAAUUCAAGGAAAGUCCACGCUUCACUGUGGGAACUAAUGAUGUUGUGAGUCACUUAAAUAUCUCAGAUUUGCAGCCUUCAGACUCAGCUACUUACUACUGUUCAAAGAGAGAGAUAUAUGUGUAUGAGUUUAUGCAGAGCAUCACUGUCACGGUGAAAGGUUCAGGGUCUAACAUCCAGGCUCUGGUGCAUCAAUUUGAGAGCAUCCAGCCAGGAGGCUCUGUGACUCUCAGCUGUACAGUUCACACUGGGACCUGUGAUGGAGAACACAGUGUUUACUGGUUCAAGAGCUCUGAAGAACCUCAGCCAGGACUCAUUUACACCCACGGAGACAGGAACGAUCAGUGUGAGAGGAAUCUCGACACACAGACAAACACCUGUGUCUACAACUUGUCAAUGGAGAGACUGAACCGUUCUCAUGCUGGGACCUACUACUGUGCUGUCGCUCCAUGUGGACACAUUGUGUUUGGAGACGGGACCAAGCUGGAGUUUGAUGAUGAAGGGAACUGGCUGGUGUAUUUCCUGAGUGGAGCUUUGGGAUUCACCACCUGCCUUUUGCUGGCUGUGUUACUGUACAAGAUAAACAAGAGAAGAUGCUGGAGAUGUUCAGAGUCUUGUACACAACCAUCAUCUCCCUCCACAACAAAUGCAGAGGGCAACCACCAUGCAGAUGACCUCCAUUACGCUGCAUUAAAUGUGAACGUGGCCAGCAGAUCAAGACGACAGAGGGACAACACAAACGAUGAAUGUGUGUACUCAAGUGUUAAACUCUAGAAUUGUUUUGUCUGGAACGGUCUAUGUUUGAGAUGAGGGAUUUCUCAGUCUUUCUUUAGAGGUGGAGCAUGAUUCUUGUCUGUUAUGCUUUUUUUUAUCCUUUUUCCAAAUAUAAAUGUGGCUUUUUUUGUGAUUAAUGAUAAAAAAAAAAAACUCAUGAUGUAAUUACACUAGGGCUGCUCGAUUAUGGAAAAAAUCAUAAUCAUGAUUAUUUUGGACUAAAUUAAAAUCACGAUUAUUCAAACGAUUAUUAAUAUGUGCCCUUAUUCUGAAGUCUAUGCUUCUUUUUUUUUUAAUCACUUCCGGUUCCGGUAACCACCGAGGACGGCUGCGUGUCUUAUUCCUCCGUGAAACCAGGCUAUCGGUGCCCGGUUAUUCAAACCCUUAAUGAUGGCAACCCUAACACUCUUUGACCGACUGACCGGCGCGGAGAAAUGCGGGUCUGGUCUGACCGGUCUGAACAGCCAGGCGGGAGCGCGCUUGAGAAUAGCGGUGCGUGGCGCUGUUUUUUUCACUGCCGAUCACCACACACACAACUCGCCUCCUUCAGUUUACUGCUGCUUGAGAGUGAAGGCCAAUGUAUGCUUCUCCGUUUUGACGAACACGGACAGAUAGGACCGCCCUCUCCAACGUGGAACACCCUCUCCGUGCCUCUCCGCGGCUCCUCGCAGAGCUUUUCGUGCAGCUCUCAUUUUUCUAACUACACGUCGAAAUGACGGACAGCCCACGGAUAGCCCUUGGCUGUGAUUGGUCCGCUAACGCCAGCAUUUCGGAAUGGAAACUUCCUGUUCCAUUCCCUACAUCACAAUAAACCAAAAUCACAACUACGACUCUAUGAUUAAUGUGACAAGUGUGUUAAGCCAGUGGCGUUGUCCGGCUGACGGUGGCUGGUUAGAGCACUUACAGCAUGUGUGUACGGACACAUACGGUUAUAACGAACUUUCACAACGGGGAUAGCGGGCUAGCCACCAUGCUAACUGUGGUGGGAACAGCGCAAAAACCCACUGACUUUAAUCCCACGGCUGUCAUGACACUGUUUCUCAAACACCGUCAGGUUAGAAGUAAACACUUGGUAGUAGUUAGUAUCGGGUGUCCGUGCUGACUGUGUGUGGAAGCUGGGGGGAAGCUAGCUGCCUCCGUGUAGCUUCAAGCUGUUGCAGCUGUUGAAUUAGCAACACAGUUUGGAAACAAGACCGGGGAACCGCUGCGUUAAGACACGAUAACAUAAGCAUUUUGACCCGCUGGGUUUCACUUUAUUCAGCAAAAACUGUCGCAUCAUCAACAUCCUUUUUCUAUUGUCAUCGUUCACUGUGUGUGAGGAGCCGGGGGGGCGUAAAUAAACCAGCGUGGACUUCUUCUAUAUACCUCAUGAGGUAGGCUUCUCUAAGCUCGACUUCAGUUGCGCCAUCUACUGUUCUGGCGGUGAAUUGUUUUCACAACAAAAAGGCUCGUAGAACUAUAAAUCAAAAAGGGUCCGUCCGAUCCGUCCGUCCGUCCUUCCGCAACGGACUCGGAGAAGCAUACUGAGGCCUUGACUGCCGGUCAGCUGGGCCGCUGAAUGCUUUGGGGGAAGGACUGAAUUGCGCAUGCGUGGCUCUUUCGAAAAAAUGCCAGAUAAUCGUUUCAGUAGUUUGGAGAUCGUUUGACCCCAUAAUCAUAAUCACGAUUAAAUUUCGAUUAAUCGAGCAGCCCUAAAUUACACUUUUAUUGUUAAACAAUGUGUGUGUGUGUGUGUGUGGGAACGGCUGUGUCUCUGAUCUGCUGUGUGUUCACAUAGGGAGUGGGUCUACUGAGGAGCUGCUGCGUGAGGUUAUGACUUCUGUAUUUACUUCAAUAAAGAAUGUUUAUUCUCAACUAACUGCCAGGACUCAACGAUAUGAAGCUGUGCAUCUUCUGGUCCUACAACCAAACAAUAAAAACCUGGUGUAAAGAAUUGAAUGGAUUCCGUGGACAGAAACGCUACAGUGCUUUUUAAUUUGAAAUAGCUACAGGAAGUGUUUGUGACAUAUUCAACAGACAUUGAAACCGCACGCAGCAUGUGGAGGAAAUAGGCGAAACCCCAAGCGCUGCUCUACUGGGUCCCGUGGCCGCCCUGACCUGAGCGACAUAAUGAAAAGAAACAACGUUCGGUCACAUUUCCUCCAAGAGAGACGAGAGGAGGGCUAACAUGUGGACACAAACCCCUGCAGAGUUGAGGCCCCAUUUAAAACUUGCCUGUCAAUACUUACAAUUUAGUUUGUUGCCUCCAAUCAUUAAAGGGGACAUAUUAUGAAAAUUCCACUUUUGUAGUGCUUCUACAUGUUAAUGUGAGUAUGGCGUGUCUACCGUCCCAAAAACUCUUGAAAAAAAACCCUCGUACGUCGAAUGGGAAUAUGACCAGAAUUGACGUCACAGUCA